GGCGGACACAUCACGACAUAUAAACGUGGCGGCCGACCGACGACAUCUAUACCGAAACACCACCCAUAACUCCUAAUACACACACAACCCGACUGCGAGAGCGAUAACACCACCUCGCCAUCGUCGUUCUCUCUCGGCUCCGGCAGCGCCAUACACCGCCUUCACCAUGGACCUCCUCCGUCAGCUCGGGGGGCUCCUCCCCGGCGGCAGACCGCCCCAGCUUCCCCUCGGCCAGGGCGAAAAGGACAAGCCACGGAGGACACUGGCACAGCGCCUUCAGUAUCUUAAGAGACCCCUCAGGUUACGAGGCAACUCGAGCAUAUCCGUGCCUCUGGGCGUCGUCAUCCUCUUCCCCUGCAUCGUCGUCAUCCUCAUCCUCGUCCUGUUCGUCAGGCACCCAAGCUCCCCCGGCCGUAUUUUGAUGCCCGCCGGUGCCCCUCCCAACAUCAGGAAAAUCAGCGAAAAGUAUGACAAGGUCUUCGUCACCGGCUGCCUCGAGCCCGACACCAGCAAGCCUCGCGCCAAUGGCGCCUUCGUCGUCCUCGCGAGAAACAAGGAGCUGGACGGUGUCAUCCAGUCCAUCAAGUCCAUCGAGCGCCACUUCAACCGCUGGUACCACUACCCCUACGUCUUCCUGAACGAUGGCGACUUCGACGACACCUUCAAGGACACCGUCAAGAACUACACCUCUGCUCCCGUCGAGUUCGGCAAGGUUGGCCCGGACAUGUGGGGAUUCCCUGACUGGGUCGACCCCAAGGUCGCGAAGGAGGGUAUCGCCAAGCAGGGUGACGCCGCUGUCAUGUACGGUGGCAUGGAAAGUUACCACUCCAUGUGCAGAUUCUACUCUGGUUUCUUCUACAAGCACGAGCUCCUCCAGAAGUACGAGUGGUACUGGCGCUUGGAGCCCGAGAUCAAGUACUUCUGCGACAUCACCUAUGACCCCUUCCUCAAGAUGAUCGAGAACAACAAGACCUACGGCUUCACCAUCGCGGUCAAGGAACUGCGCGAGACCGUCCCCAACAUCUUCCGCUACGCCUCCGCUUACAAGCGCCUCAACAACAUUACCUCGCAGGGUCUGUGGGAGAUGUUUGUCGAGCCCCAGCCCGAGAAGAAGCCCGAAGCCCCCGAGCCUGGUCUUCCCGAGGAGAUUCUGCGCUCCGAGCCUGACGCCCACAAGCUCCCCGAGAUCGACCCCGAAGCUAUGGAGGGCGAGAAGUACAACAUGUGCCAUUUCUGGUCCAACUUCGAGAUUGCCCGCUUGGAUUUCUUCCGGUCCAAGGCGUACGAGGAUUUCUUCCAGAUGAUGGAUCACAGUGGUGGCUUUUGGAUGGAGCGUUGGGGUGAUGCCCCGAUUCACUCCCUCGCCGCCGGCGCCCUCUUGGGCCCCCGCGACAUCCACUACUUCCGCGACUUCGGCUACCGCCACACCACCAUCCAGCACUGCCCCGCCAACGCGCCCGCCCGCCAGCUGCCCCGCGAGCCCUACCUCGAGAAGACCACGGUGGACGAGAAGAAGCGCAUCGAGGAGGACAAGUACUGGGAUGACUACGAUACCCCCAAGGAGAACGGCGUUGGAUGCCGCUGCAGGUGCGACACGGAUAUCGUCGAUGUCGAGGGCAAGGAUGGUUCUUGCUUGGCCGAGUGGGUGGAUGUUGCGGGUGGUUGGGCUAGUCCUUAGAUGGGGUAGUCCUUGAUUUUGAGGGUUGCGACACCUAGGAGCUCCUGAAGCGGCCACACCGACAGCGACUGAACGUCGCAUCCUCAGCGCGGGUUGUUUGCCGCGACGUCUUAACUUGACGUCAAGUUCCAGACACUUGGACUCUUUUUCAGGAGUGGCAGGUGGUUGCGGGAGAAUGUGUAUAUGAUGACGAAAAAAACGGCACAUAUGUAGUGCAGAGGAGAAGGGUGGAUUGGAUGGAUGGAAACGGUUUCUUUACAUGUUUUCCACUUGUAUACAGGAUCAUGAAUGGGCGUGCGGAGGAAA